CUCAUAAAAAUAUAGUAUCCUUUUCUUAAAAUAUAAGAAAAUUGCUUUGGUUUGUCGCUGAGUAUAUGACGAGCGAGAACGAGGCACAUUUUUCCACACAAGAAAGUGAAUAAUACAAGCUACUAACAUAAUUGGAUAAGCCAAAAUGUUUACAACUCGGAAAGAGGUAGAUGAGCAUGUCCACAAGAUGUUUUCGAAGGUGCCGCCUGGCUCAGAGCGCGACAUGAAGGGUUGGGCGGUUGGCCGCUUGUACAGCAAGAUACAAGAAUACUCAAAGGCUAUUGAGCACUUGAAUGCGUUUUUAAAGAUCAACGACGAUGCUGGCGCUCAUAAGCUUAUCGCCCGAUGCUACAAACAACAAAAGCAGCCGGACUAUCAAAAGGCUUUGGAUCAUUACCAACGAUCUAUUCAAUUAAAUCCGAAACAGCCGGACGUGAUAAAGGAAAGUUGCAAAAUACUUAUUGAACAAAGUAACCUUUGCAGCCCGGACCGGGCUACCUUUUGGUUAGAGCUGGCCAGCAACGUUGAAGAUCUGCAGGAAAGCGAGCUCCUUCUCACUCUACGCAUGCGCGCUACGGCCAGCACGGCGGAUUCAGCCGAGCAGAAUAAUUCGAUGGAACUGGUUAUUAAAAAAGAGCUGAUGUCGAAUCCGAAUAACAGUUUGUUGCAGUUGCGUUUGAUACAAACAUUCUUGGAGAAGAAACGCAUCGAUGAAGCGUUCAAGUAUGCGUACAAAACGGAAAUGGAAAUGCCGGCUCAGUCUCAAUCGAUCGAGUGGUACGAUGCACUUUGGAUGGUGUUGCUCAAGAGCGAGUCCAAGGAUACAACGAAGGAUUGGUCGUUCUGGCAGCUAUUGCUCAUCACUAUUGAUCGUCUCCUUCAGCUGAACCUUCAGUCCGACACCAACAACAGUCUGGGAGAAAGUCUCGCUCUGCUCUUCAAACUAGAUCAAUACGUAUACAAGUUUAGUCUGCUUGCCGAUCAGCUAUCGAUAAACGGCGGCCAUGAACUGCACCAGCGCUGCCUGGAACACUACUCUGGACAGUUUCUUUUACACGCGGCAACGGUGCUCUUCAAGCGCGAAAUGUUAAGCAACAAAAACAAAUGGUUCAACACGGUGCGUGCGGCUCUGCCGUUGCUCUUGCUUGGAUAUCAACAGAACUCAAUUAAGGAGAAAUCCUCUUACUGGCAACGUCACUGUAGCAGUGUGCAACAGAAGCUACUGGAGCUCUGGCAGCAUCAAGCCGCUUUUCGGUGUGCUCAGCUGGGUCGUACGUUGCAUGGUUGUGUGCAAACUCCUCCAAAUGAUGCAGUCAAUCAAGUGCAAGGCCUUUGGCCAAGUAGCUCUGAGCUAUUGGAGACGGCGCGGCAGCGUUGCGUGGACAGCCAGUGGCGCUCACAGCUCUAUCAACAGUUGUACACGCACCCCGAAACAAAGCUGAAGGAAAAGUCGUCGCAUUUGGUGCAGGAUCAGCGCCUGCAGCAACCACUGUACGAGUGGCCUUGCGUGGCCGAGAUCGAGGAGUUCGAGCAGCUGGCACUUCAGCUAGCUCCACCAACCCUCGAGCAUCAUGUUUACUUAGCGCUCAGUGCUGAAAAUUUAGCUGAGGCACCGCGCGUCUACUUCUAUAAAGCGUUCCGGCGAGACAGUAGAAAGAAUUUGAGUAACUGCAGCGUGGACACUCUUUGCCAAGUGGAUGUUGAUAUAUUCCUAUAUGCUACGGUGCUUCAGGCACAGCGCAAGUUGGAGGUGCAGCGUGAGACUUACAAUAGCUCCCAUGUCGGCAAUCGCAUUGCGGCCGAUCGUCCGUUCAUGUUUCCCUUUGCCAACAUUGUUGGACGCAACGAGUUGAUAACGACGGAGCAGAACUCCUGGUGGAAUGUAAUGCAGCGCAUUCAUGACAACGUCAAUAUAAAUGAUCGCGUUGAGAGUCGAGAUCAGCUCCAAUUUGGUCUAGAAGUGAUACGCUGCCAGAACGAGCCACACAUUGAGAUAAUAAUGCUGCUGCAGCUGGGCAAACUGCUGGCCAGCCGUGAAGAUGCUUCCUAUUUGGAACAGCGAAUCGAGGCCUUCUACAAGCUGGCCAUAAGCAUGAUGAUACGCCACCAAGAGCAUAAGCUGGAACCGUUUUACAGAUACUUUAAGUAUUUAAAUGCAAAUGCAAGCAACGUAUGGACACAGAUCGAGUCGUUGGCUGAAGAUGCGCUCUCCUAUUUGAACAGGCGCUCAAUAAAGAUGGGAAACUUGCAAGAGUUUGUAAAGGAUAUACGUGGUCUACGGCUGCCAAUGGCCACAUAUCUGCAAGCAGAGUCGUAUCGUCAACUGGCAGAGUCCAGCCACGCCUCCCGAGUUGCGCGGCAAAACUUUCAGGAGCGACGCAUAGAGUGCCUGAGAGAAACGAAGGCUCUGCUGGUCAAUGCUGCCGAUCAUCCGUUGAACUCUGUGGUGCAACGUGAACUGAAGGUUUCCUUGCCUGAUGAGCAGUACUGUUCACCUGAACAUCACAACAACUCCAGCGCAUAUGAGGAUGCAGAGGAUGAUUUCUAUACCGGCGCUGCAAAUGCCCUUAAUCGUUCCCUCAAUCGCUCGAGGCGCCAAGCGGAGACGCAGAACCUAGCCACUCUACAGCUGGAGCAUACAAUAAAAGAGCUCAGCAAGCAAUUAGAUACGCUUAAGGUCGAUGUAGGUGACGGAAUGGAGGCCAUGCGACAGGAAGUCAAAACCUUAGCUGACAAGUUCGAUAGUCUUGAAGAGCUGCUCAAAAAGUGCAAGAUUAAUGGAAAUGAAACGCAAACCCGCGAGGCUGACGCGGCGGCAGCUGCGGCUGCCCUGGGUCUGGAUGAAUACCUGAACUUGGAUGAUGCGAUCCAGACGAAUUUUCUGAACACUAUGCCACCAGCUCAUAAUGCCCAAGAUCGAUUUUUUCCGCCAGCUGGAAAUGUUCCGCAUUCGAAUGCAGCAUACGGCAGUCCCAUGUUCAAUCAGAAUCAGAUGUACAACUACUUUGCCAGCCAAGCUCAGUUCAUGAGAACUCCUCCGGCGCCAACCAACCUGCCGCCGCCUUUCUAUGGUCCACGGCCACCAACCAAUUUCGGAGUGCCGCCAAACAUGUAUCAAAAUCCGACUGGAGCACCGUUUAUUGAUGGCUUGAACUAUGGAAUGCCGCCGCCACCACCCAGUUUAGUGAUUCCGCAAGCUCCGCAGUCACAGUUCAGCCAGCCGCCAGCAGCGCCGAAUGUGCCCAUAGUCUCCACAGCAAACUUUUUCAACAGUGCGUCUGCACCGUUUGGGCCAGCUUCCGUUCAAGUUCCACAAAAUGCUGGACAGGCGACUCAGCAACUGCCGCCAUCCGUGCAGCUACCUCUGGCGCAGCAGAAGCUCAUGACAGCGACAACAUCAAUUCCCCUGUCUACUACUGGAGUAAUUACUUCUAUAUCCGCAUCUGUGCCCGCAGCUCCAGCUCCAGCUCCCGCUCCAGUAAAUCUGUCCGCUACUUCUGUGUCCACAUCCGUUACCACGGUCACCACGACAUCCGCUGCUCCAGUACCAGCUCCUGCUACUGUUUUCAAUCGCGCCCUUAAUAAUCAGCCCGUGGAAAAGGAGCCACCGGCCAAUGUAGUCAUCACCAGCUCGGAUCCGCUUCCCAAGACAGCAGUCGCCACUGCUCAGCCCACGCUUAGCGUCACCAUACCGCCGCAGCACAUUAAGCCAAGUCUAGUACAGACCACAGAACCACCAGUAUUGGCCGGAAGUGAUUUUACUUUUAAUCUCGGCAAUAAAACAUCGAGCAACAUUUUCAGUGGACUAUCUGCCUCCACAUUCUCAUUUAAGACACAGGUCGCACAGGCGGCAGCCGAGAAGCAACGAGAAAUGGCCGCGGAAGCUGCUGCAAGCAACGACAGCGUUGGUAAUGAAGCAAACAAUAGUUUUGGUGGAGGAGAUGCAUCGGCUGAGCUUGACUAUGAUCCGCGACCAGAUUUCCAAGGCAUCAUACCGCUGCCAGAUGAGGUGGAAGUGCGCACUGGUGAGGAGAAUGAAAUAGUUGAGUUCAGUCAUCGAGCCAAACUGUUCCGACACGUUGACAAAGAGUGGAAGGAGCGCGGUAUUGGUAUCAUCAAGAUUUUAAAGAAUCAAACAACCGGUUGCACCCGCAUUCUGAUGCGUCGUGAGCAGACCCAUAAGAUUUGCGCGAAUCACAAAAUUACGUCCGGUAUGACCAUUACGACACCCGAGCAGGAUAAGGAGGAGAAGUCAUUCCUCUGGGCAGCCAACGAUUUUGCGGACGAAAAGUUGAGGUUGGAAAAGUUUUUGGUGCGCUUUAAGCUGCCUGAGACCGCCAAAGAGUUUAAGUUGGCUUUCGAAAAGGCGGCUAAGGAGGCAAAGGAGACAGUCAAAGCGGAAGUAAUACCGCCCGCGUUGAGUCUGGCCAAGAGUAGCGCUGUUAACAGCUUUGUGACCAGCACUCCCGCAACGAAUGCGGUGCCCAAGCAAACCGACUCGAAUAAAGUGGGUGGCACUCAGCCCAAACCCGACUCCGUAGUGCCCAAGACACUCUUCGGCAACGUGCCAAGCUCAACAAACACUACUACAGCGACGACGUCGCCAUUUGCCAAUUUCAACUUUGGUAGUCUGGGCACUAAGUCAUCGGCUGCCAAUCUGUCCUUUGGCAGCGUUUCGGCUGUGGGUGACACGAGCACCACAAGUCACAACAACACACCUUUUACCACCGCUUUUAACUUUGGCAGUAACCUCUUCGGCAAAUCGGAAGCAACUCAGCCAAAUCAACAAAAUCAGCAAAAAACCACAGUACAGCCCCAGCAAAAUCAGCAACAAACCCCAGCGGAAUCCCAGCAAAAUAAUUUAAAUCGGUCGAACGCAUCGGACGCGGAGGCUGACGAGGAGUAUGUUCCGACAGCACAAUUUGCGCCUGUGAUUCCGUUGCCAGAGCUUGUCGAAGUCGUCACUGGCGAGGAGGAUGAAUUAGUACUAUUCGAGCAUCGCGCCAAGUUGCUGCGCUUUGAUAAGGCGACCAACGAGUGGAAGGAGCGUGGAUUGGGCAACAUGAAGAUCUUACAAAUGAAAUCAGAUCCGACUGUUGUGCGUUUGCUCAUGCGUCGCGAACAGGUGCUCAAAUUGUGCUGCAAUCAGCGGAUUCUACCAGACACGAAAUUCCAAUAUGCAAAGAACUCACAGAAUGCCCUGACCUGGGCGGGACAGGAUUAUGCUGAGCAAGAGCCAACCACAGAGAUGUUAUGUGUAAGAUUCAAAACCGCCGACGUGUGUAAAGAGUUUUACGACACAAUACUGAAGGCGCAGGCGGCUAUGUCAGAGGAAGAACCCAAUAAAACCAAACAGAUUGAGAAAAAUUCAAAUAAGGAAUCGGAAACGAAAGUUCAGGGCUUCGGGGAUGCUUUCAAGCCGAAGGCCGGGAGCUGGAACUGUCAGGGCUGCUAUACCGUUAACGAUGCUGCUAAACUUUAUUGUGUGGCUUGCGAAGGCCCCAAGGACGACACUGUCCCACCAAAGCCAUCGGGGUUGGGACAGAAUGGGGCUCUCAACUUAAGUAGUAGUGCCGGAAAAUUCUCUUUUGGCUUUGGCCAGAGCACAGUGACACCAACCUUUAGCUUUGGUGCGAAACCUGCGGUGGAUAAGGUGCAGCCCCCAGCGGAUCCAGUUGAGACUACCGCAACAACCGCAACUACUGCAAAUCCCACUUCCGUUACUAAUUCUGGUAACGGCGCAUCGAGUAUUAAGGCCGCGGCCCCUGUGACAGAAGCACCCAACACGCUUGGCUUCGGCGAUGCAUUCAAGCCAAAGACGGGCAGCUGGAGUUGUAAAGAUUGCUAUACUUCAAACGAUGCAGCUCAGUUGUACUGUGUGGCUUGUGAGGCGCCGAAGGAUGACAGCGUGCCAAAGAAAGGCAACAAACUUGAAGGAAGCGGUCUUGCGAACUUUCCACCUCCUUCAACCAAGUUUACUUUUGGUUUUGGUUCCCCAGUGUCAACCAGCAGCUCAUCCACCACAGACUCUACCGCUUUGCCGAAAAAGACCACCGAGGGCAGCAUCUUUCAAUCAGCCAGUUUUAGUUUUAUGCCAACGACAGGUUCAAACAGCAGUUCUUCGGCUGCCAACAAAUUUAGUUUCUCAAUGCCGAAGACCCAGCAGCAGGAGCAGCAGCAACAGCAACCGCAGCAGCCGCCAAAGAGUCUCACACAAAAUGAGGGAGGCGUCGAUGUAAGCAACGACGAUGAAAGCAAUGUGGAAGAGGAGGAGAACAACACAUAUUUUGCACCCGUUAUUCCUCUACCGGAUAAGGUUGAUGUGAAGACCGGAGAGGAGGAUGAGCAUCUGCUCUAUGUUCAACGUGCCAAGCUUUAUCGUCUGUCUGAAGAGGGCGAGUGGAAAGAACGAGGCUUGGGAAAUGUAAAAAUACUGCGUCAUAAGGAGACCAAUAAUUUGCGUGUUGUCAUGCGUCGAGAGCAAGUCUUCAAGAUCUGUCUGAACCACGUUCUCAACUCUAGCGUGAUCUAUAAGCCCAAAGAUGAAAAAUCCUGGAUGUUUGCUGUGCACGACUUUAGUGAGGGCGAGUCUGUGCUGGAACGAUUCGCUUUGCGUUUUAAGAACUCGGACAUUGCUCAGGCAUUCCAUAAGGCAGUCAAGAGUGCUCUUGACGGCACAGCCCAGCCCAUUACCGAGGAGGAAACCCAACAAGAGGCGCAAACGAGUGCCACUCCUAGUGAUCCCAAUGAUAAACAAUCUGUCGUUUCCGAUGAAACCAAGUUACUUGCAAAAAAACUGUCGCUUAGCUGCGAGUUUUUGACUGCAGAGUCGACGUGCGCCGGCUGUCGUGGUUGCGAGCCAGAAAAGUUUGACUAUGGGCAGCCGCAAAAGGUCAAAGAGGAAAUUAGAGCGCUGCCACUCACAUUGCCCGCCUUGCAAUUACCCACGCCCCAGGCACAGGACAAGCCUCAGGUCCAUGAAGGUGUUUCGUUGGCCAGUCGAGGCUUACUUAAGGCCAGUUCUCUAUCGGCCAACAACACUACAGAUAAAUCGGGUAGUUUUGGAGGAUUUAGCAACGCUGUCCCCGCUAACUCCACAACAGCCUCAGCAGCGUCAUCCAAGCAGAAUGCGAAGCAGGCGGCCGAUGUAGGAGGUGGCUUCGUUUUCGGCAAUUCGGAUAAAAUAUUUGGGCAGAGUGCAUCGCUGUUUGGAGGUACCGCAGGCAAGACGCAGCAAUCCAUCUUUGGAGGUUUCAGUGGCUCGGAUAACAAGAUUAAUAAUCAGACAACUUCGAUAUUUGGGGGUCAAUCACAGGCAGGCAAUCAAAGCGAAACGCCCAAGCUAACUUUCAGCCCUUUCGGAGAAAACAACUUAACAAACACCAGCAGUAACGUUUCAUCCGGAGCGUUUGGCAGCAGCGCCGGAUCGAGUGUGACCCCCUUGUUUGGCAAUCUAGCGAAAGAUAAAACCAUGUCAUUUGCCGACAUGAUAAGCAACCAGAGUCAGAUAAAGGACAACAAAGAGAAUAUUGCUGCAGGAUCUAUUGGACCGAAGGCAGUUGCUGCCUCCACAAUAGCUGAUAAAGGCAAUGUCGAUUGUUUCGCUGGAUUAGCUGGAGGCGACGAUUUUGCAAGUUUGGCAGCAAAGGGGUCCAGUAAUCCGAUUGGCUUUCAAAAGUCGGAGUCCGGUGGCUUCUUUGGAUUGACACACCAAGAUGCUUUUAAGAACUUCAAAGCGCCGUGCAAGACAUCAACUCCAACAGACACACAAGACAACAGUAUCGAAAACAAUAAUGACGACGAUAACUACGAUCCGCAUUACGAACCCAUCAUAGCCCUACCCAAUGAAAUUGUGGUGACCACUGGAGAAGAGGAUGAGGACAAACUGUUUGGCGAGCGCGCCACAUUAUAUCGAUACAUUUCAGAUACCAAGGAGUGGAAGGAGCGCGGAGUGGGCGAGAUAAAAAUUUUAAAGCAUAAAACUUUGAAAACUUGUCGUAUGCUAAUGCGUCGUGAGCAAAUUUUCAAACUGGUACUCAACAUGCAGAUAGGUGAGUCAUUCAGCAUGGAGUACAUGAACGGACAAAAGAAGAGCUUCAUUUGGGCGAACUUUAACUAUGCCGAAUCUAGUGAGGGUGAAAUGGAGCGUCUUGCCUGUCGAUUUAAGAAAGAAGAAAUUGCGCAAAAGUUUUUAGAGACUGUACAGAUGUGCAUAGCUGAUGCCAAGGCGUCGCAUGCGUCAGAGUCUCAAUCUGAAACUUGAAUUAAUAUUUGUGUCCUAAGCUAAAAAUUAAUAAUUCAUUGUU